AUGCAAUCCACUUCUUUGAUCAAUUCUUCACCAAUAAUAUACCAUCCGUUUUCAACCUCCAUGCCUUGUUCCAGUGGCAGGAAAGCCAGCUUGGUUAUGGCCUCUAAGAGAGGAGCAGCUGACCAGAACUUUGGUGGGAAUUUGGUGGAUGAGAGCAUGAUUAUCCUAAGGAAGAGGAUUCAUGAGAUGAAAAUGAUAGAGAGGAACUAUGAGCCACCUUCGGAUUGGAUGGAUUGGGAGAAACGUUAUUAUACUAGCUAUGACUCUAUGAUAUGUGAAGCAAUGGGAGUAUUGCAAACCCAGUUGAUGAAUACUAGGCCAAGCUUUGUUCUUGGGGUCAUGGCUUUGGUUGCAAUGAGUGUGCCUACUUCUACUGCUGUGGCUUUGUUUCAUUUUUUGGACUUUGGCAAGGCUGUUUUGGCUGGGAUUCAUCUUAAUUAG